CUGCAAAUUCUGUUCCCCAAGGUAAAUGGAAGUAGCCGUGAAGCACCAAUAAAGUGUCUGAAGCUGGCUUCUCACAGCCUCCUGCAUUCUGAAGUUGGUAUAUGCAGCUGUGGAGCACGAAGGAGAUGGGACAGGACCAGACAAAGCAGCAGAUAGAAAAAGGACUCCAGCUGUAUCAGUCCAGUCAGACAGAAAAGGCCCUUCAAGUCUGGUUGCGGGUUUUGGAAAAGAGCACAGACACAGCUGGCCGGUUUCGAGUUCUGGGAUGCCUCAUCACUGCUCACUCGGAGAUGGGCAGGUACAAAGAUAUGUUAAAGUUUGCAGUCAUGCAGAUUGACACUGCCCGGGAGCUGGAGGACCCUGACUACCUUACCGAGAGCUACCUGAAUUUGGCACGGAGCAACGAGAAGCUCUGUGAAUUCCCCAAAACCAUCUCCUAUUGUAAGACCUGCCUGAGCAUGCGAGGUACAACACUGGGCCUGCAACUAAACGGCCAAGUCAACCUCAGCAUGGGCAAUGCCUACCUUGGCCUCAGUGUCUUCCAAAAAGCUUUGGAGUGUUUUGAGAAAGCUCUGAGGUACGCACACAACAAUGAUGACAAGAUGCUCGAGUGUCGUGUUUGUUGUAGUCUAGGAAAUUUCUACACACACCUCAAGGACUAUGAAAAAGCUCUGUUUUUCCCAUGCAAGGCAGCAGAGCUGGUGAAUGAUUAUGGAAAGGGCUGGAGUUUAAAGUACCGAGCAAUGAGCCAGUUCUACAUGGCCGUAGCCUAUCGGAAGCUGGGGCGCUUGCCAGAUGCUAUGGAGUGCUGUGAGGAGUCAAUGAAGAUUGCCCUUCAGCAUGGAGAUCGUCCUUUGCAAGCACAGUGCCUGCUCUGCUUUGCUGAUAUCCACCGCAGCCAUGCAGAUGUACAGACAGCUUUUCCCCGCUAUGAUUCCUCCAUGAGCAUCAUGACUGAGAUUGGAAACCGUCUGGGACAAGUCCAGGUGCUACUUGGUGUGGCCAAGUGCUGGCUGAUUCAAAAGGAACUUGACAAGGCAUUAGAAAGUAUCGAGAGGGCUCAUGAGCUGGCAGAGGGACUAAGAAACAAACUUGGCCUGCUGAAGGUUCACUGCCUGUGUGAAGGGAUCUAUCGCACGAAGGGUCAGCAGAGGGAACUUCGUAAUCAUGUAGUGAAGUUCCAUGAAUGUGUUGAAGAAAUGGAACUCUACUGUGGCAUGUGUGGUGAAUCCAUUGGUGACCGCAACCACCAGCUCCAGGCAUUGCCCUGCUCCCAUGUCUUCCAUUUAAAGUGCCUGCGAACUAAUGGAACACGAGGUUGCCCCAACUGCCGGCGCUCAUCAGUUAAACCAGGGUUUGUGUGAUCUGCUGAUGAAUUGAUGACUUAAGAAAAUUCAUCCAGUAGGGGUGAAAAGGCAGACCACUGGAGCAGUUCUGUUACAUGGUAUGGAGAUGAAACCCAUCAUAUCGACAUAAGAUCUCCUGCAAAAUUGGUGGAAAAUGUGGACCUAGAUCUUUGUCAUGACAUUUCACACAUCUGAUUUGUGAAUGUCUUCCAGUUCUCUAUCAUCUCCUUUUUCAAAGCCAGUUACUACAACAAGCCACCUUUGUUCUUUCCAACAACUUGUUAGCUUGGCCUUCCACAAUCUCAGUUUUAUUUUAAUUUUCUGCUUCUUUGGAUAGCUUCCUUCAGGGCCAACUCUGACACUCAUGCCCCACUUCUUUUUAUUCAUUCCUCAUGGGAAACAAAAUGAUCCUGCCAACGUAAUGCUGUUUCUUGGACUGGCACAGCAUUGCUUUCUUGUAGGCAUGGUGACGGCUACUCUUUUCCAGACAUUGCUUGAAUGUUACUUCAACUUAGCAUUCUGACUGAUAUUCUUCAUAAUUUAUAUUGGUACCUAACAGCUGUUUAUGCUUUAAAACAAUUACUAAGCCAUUUUUUUUUAUUUGCAAAGAACAUUUCCCAACUCGAUGCUCUCCAAAUGAGUUCCAGAAUUUCCAGGUAACAUGGGAAUUCUGGGAGUCAAAGUCCAAAUUGUCUGGAGGAAGCCAGAUUGGGGAAGCUAAUAUGUCAGAUUCAAGAGACUGUGAUGUCCCACCUGCCUCUCAGCAAUGUGCCUCUGUUUGUAUGUCUCUGUUUUCAGUGUACAGAUGUAUCCUUGGGGUUCUUCUGAAAGUAUCUGAUACUCUUGGUUUGCUUAUGUUUUUUCACAGAACAUUCAAUUUCUGUUAUGGGACUGAAAAAAAAAUGCUUCAAUAAGUCCCAGGGAAAGUUUCUUGCAUUGUAUUCCGUUUCCAUCGUCUUGUAAUGUUAUAUAGGCAGUGAUCGGUCCAGUCAUGGAAUUGUCAGCAAUAUAUUUAUACUUUCUAUAAACUGUUUAUACUGGAAUAAAUAAAGGCCAUAGCCUGUAA